GAAUUGAAUGGUGCCAUGGGAGACUUAGGCACAUAUAUUCCUAUUGUAUUAGCCUUGACACUUGCCAAGAACCUUAACUUAGGCACCACAUUGAUAUUCACUGGUAUUUAAGUCGUCACUGGUGCCUCAUAUGGUGUCCCAAUGCCUGUCCAACCCAUGAAAUCUAUUGCGGCCGUAGCUAUAUGAGACAGUACUGAUUUUAACAUCCGGGAAAUUAUGGCAGCUGGGAGUUGUACUAGUGCAAUAUUGCUGGUUUUGGGUGUUACAGGGUUGAUGCAGAUGGUGUACAAGUUUAUACCUUUGUCUGUUGUUAGGUGAAUUCAAUUGUCCCAAGGCUUGUCAUUUGCUAUGAGUGCUGUCAAGUACAUAAGAAAGGUUCGGGAUUUCUCGAAGUCAAAAUAUAUGGGAAAUAGGCAGUGAUUGGGAUUGGAUGGAAUGGUUUUGGCUAUUGUUUGUGCUGGUUUCAUAACUUUUUUCAAUGGAGCAGGUCAAGAAAGAAAUCAAAGUGAGGAGGCUAUUGUUGAUGAAGAAAGGAAUGUUAGGAGAAAAGGAAUGAGGAAAAUCAUGGUUACCAUCCCUUCAGCUUUCAUCAUUUUCUUGUUAGUUGUAGUGUUGGCUUUCAUAAGAAGGCCUAAAGUGGUGAAUGAUAUUAAGUUUGGACCUUCAGUAAUGGAUAUUGUGAAAAUAACUGGUCAUUCAUGGAAGGAAGGAUUUAUCAAGGGGACAAUUCCUCAACUACCUUUAUCAGUACUGAACUCGGUGAUUGCUGUCUGUAAGUUGUCAUCAGAUCUUUUUCCAGGAAGGGAAUUCUCAGCCACCUCGGUUUCGGUAACCGUGGGGCUAUUGAACUUGGUGAGGUGUUGGUUUGGUGCCAUGCCAUGUUGCCAUGGUGCAGGUGGGUUAGCUGGACAGUACAAGUUUGGGGGCAGGAGUGGUGGGUGUGUAGCCUUACUUGGUGCAGCCAAAAUGAUGUUGGGUUUGGUAUUAGGAACUUCUUUAGUGACAAUUUUGCACCAGUUUCCUGUUGGUAUCUUGGGUGUUUUACUCUUGUUUGAAGGGACUGAACUAGCAAUGACUUGCAGGGACAUGAAUUCAAAGCAAGAGUCAAUUGUGAUGUUAAUAUGCACUGCUGUUUCACUUGUAGGGUCAAGUGCAGCACUUGGUUUUGUUUGUGGAAUGCUAGUCCAUGUGGACACUUUGUAUGCCUUGAUCUCCAUAAACAAUACCAUGUUUUUCCAUUUAAGCUUUCUACAAAGAAUAUACGGAAUAACUGUUUGA